UUCGUAGGCCAGGCACGUGGAGAACUUGUUCGUGUCCUUCGUAUGUGUAUCAAUUUCCCGGUGUAAAUUGAGUGAUUGUGGUGUUCCAUUGUUGUGAAUUGGUUGGAUACUUGAUUUUUUAGUCAAGAUGGGGAAGCUGAAGGUGGCGAUGCUGAGGUAUCUCAUGAGGGAUGACUUCCGAAUAUUGACAGCAAUUGAAAUGGGCAUGAAGAACCAUGAACUUGUGCCAUCUCUGGUCACACAGAUUGCCAACCUGCGAGGUGGUGGUGUGCACAGGAUGCUCAGGGAACUCUGCAAGCAUCGCCUUUGUGCAUAUGAGCGAGGAAAACACUAUGAUGGCUACAGAUUGACAAACAUGGGUUAUGACUACUUGGCCCUGAAAGUGCUUUCUUCCCGAGAAGUCUUAGGCUCUGUAGGCAGCCAGAUUGGUGUUGGGAAAGAAUCGGAUAUUUAUGUCACGAGUGACCCAGUUGGAAAUCCAUUGUGCAUGAAGCUACAUAGGCUCGGGAGAACUUCUUUCCGCAAGCUGAAGGAAAAGCGUGAUUAUCAUCAUCACAGGAAUAAGGCCUCUUGGAUCUACCUGUCUAGGCUGUCAGCCACCAAAGAGUUUGCGUACAUGAAGGCCCUCUAUGACCGAGGGUUCCCAGUACCAAAGCCAGUGGAUUGCAAUAGACACUGUGUGAUUAUGGAGCUUGUGAAUGGUUAUCCACUGUGCAACGUGCAUGAUGUGGCAGACGUCCCACAGCUCUAUAGCGAUCUAAUGGACCUAAUCGUGAAGCUGGCCAGCCAUGGUGUCAUUCACAGCGAUUUCAACGAGUUCAACAUCAUGGUGAACGAUGAUGACAAGCCUGUGAUUAUUGAUUUCCCCCAAAUGGUGUCAACUGACCACGAAAAUGCCAAGAUGUAUUUUGACCGUGAUGUGAACUGUGUACGUGAAUUUUUCAAGAGAAGAUUUGGCUACGAGAGCGAGCUGUAUCCUGACUUUGAUGGAGAUGUUGUGAGGGAAGGUAAUCUAGAUAAAGAGGUGUCUGUCAGUGGAUUUUCAAAAGAAAUUCAAGAGUUCAAUGAACAUUUCAAAGUUGGGGAAGAUUUUGACACAAAAGACGAAGACAACUACAGCAGUGAUGAGGAUGAAGAAGAAGAAGAAGAUGCCAAAAAUGAUGAAGAUGAAAGUGGCAAUGAAGGAGAGAUCCCAUGCCCUGAAGAAGACGAAACCACCAAAGAGCAGGACCAGACUGAGACUACAGGCCUUAAGAAAGAGGAACUUGUUAGGUUGCAGGAUGAGAUGGAGACAUUGUGUAAGGAGAAAUAUAGAGAAAUUUAG